AUUUCUGCGGCUCCUCCCUGCGCCUUUUAUCGCCUUAUAACAGGAUAUCUCACUGGCGCGAAAAACGCACAGUGUGGCUCUUUUAUUGUGAGGGCGGGCGGGUCCGCCGUCUGUUGUUUGAGUCCUCCUCGUUUUGUCCUUCCUUGUAAUUUCUAAUUAAACUAAAAACUAAACUGAGGAACAAACAAAUAAAGGGCGCGUUUGAUCCGAAUCGGGACAGCUUCUUCUACCGACAAACAGAGGACUAUUUGUCGGCUUUAGAGGAUUUUUAUGCCCCGAAUCUCGUGUUUGGAUUAAUCAGCUGAGAUCCGGAUCCACGUUUGAUAAUUUCUGGUAUUUGUUGGCGCAGCUAUGGAGUUUGACUGCUACCAGCCGUAUUUCUUCGAUGCUUUGGACAUGGAGGAGGAUUUCUACAAGUCAACCGCGCCGAGUGAGGACAUAUGGAAAAAGUUUGAGCUGCUGCCCACCCCUCCCAUGUCCCCCCACCGGACUCUGCACCUCUCCCCGGGGGACAAGCUCAGCUGGCUGUCCAUGGUGCUGGGUCAGGACGAGGACUGGGGCGCGCAGUUCCUGUCAGGCGCGGAGGACCACAGAGACCACAUCAUCCAGGACUGCAUGUGGAGCAGCGGGCCAGCCUGUAAGGACAUGGUCGCAGGAAGGGUGCCCGCCGUGGCGCAGACCGGAGCCCUCCCGACGGCGACCGCCAGACCUAGCAAGGCGCAGUGCGCAUCACCGGGGGGCUUCCUCUCCACAGCCACGGACUGCGUCGACCCCGCCGCCGUGCUCACCAUCCCCGCCAGCAGCUGCAGGAAGCCGGCGUCGUCUGGUUCCGAGUCUCGCUCCGACUCCUCUGAUGAUGAAGAGGAGAUUGAUGUGGUCACCGUGGAGAGCAAGCAGAACCGAAUGAGACUGGUCCGGAAACCCGUCACCCUCACGGUCCGUGCUGACCCCUGCCCCAAACGCUUCCACGUGUCUGUCCACAAGCAGCAGCACAACUAUGCAGCCCGCUCCCCAGACAGCGACCCAGAGCCAGACGAGGAGGAGGAGGAUGAUGAGGAGGAGGAAGAUGACUAUGACGAAGAGCCAAACAGCAAGCGCACAUGUGCAGCAUCCCACCUGCAGCCAGCAUCCCCGUCGGAUAGUUCCCAAAACUCAGACGCUGAGGACACUGACCGCAGGCGAAACCACAACUUCUUAGAGAGGAAGAGGAGGAACGACCUCAGGUCUCGCUUCCUGGCUCUGCGAGACCAGAUCCCCGGGCUGGAGUCGGCCAAAGCUCCUAAGGUGGCCAUCCUGACGCAGGCAACAGAGUACCUCAUGAAGCUGCACAUCAGGGAGAAGCGGCAGCUGCAGGAGAAGAGACGACUCCGGUCCAGGCAGCAGCAGCUCCUCCGCAGACUGUCUGAACUCCACUGCUCAUGAGACUCCAACCUGAGACAAGCUGCCUCAUUCUCAGUCACUUUCUAAAGCUACACAAACAUGCCUCAUGUACAUAGCUGUGAAUUAGCCUGUUCCUCCUGAGAUCCUGUUAUGGGGAGGAGAGUUUAGCUCCGUGUGCUGAUUUUUUUUUAUUCUUUGCACAUAUUCUUUAUUGUGAAUAAGAUUUACAAGAAUAGUUUGAGACCUGCAGGCGACGAUGUAAAACUUUAAACUUGCAGCUGAGUGGAAAGCCUUUGUUUUCAUGUCUUCAUUUCACCGUUGCACGAGGAAUGAUGUGUAAAUAUUUGAUUACCAAAUGUACAAAUCGUUGCGUAAAUAAUGUCAUAUUCCUCCUGCUGAUGGAGGCAGGACUGCUUCCUGCUCCACUGGGUCACCAAACAUAUUUUAUUAAGAAAAUGGCAAAAUUGACAAAAAGGGUGGAGUAGCACUGCUGUACUUUAUUCACAUGUCACUUUUCAACGCUUCUCUGAUUUUGGUUGUGUUUUUAUUUUUUUAAAGCAUGCUAACUUCAAUAGCAUUAUUAAAAAUUUUAUACCAGA